ACCAAGAAAAUAGGACCAAAAGAAAUGAUUCAUUCCUUAAAAUUUUACAAUAAUGUUAUAUAAACACAAAUUUUAAAAACAAAGUUGAUAAAUAUACCAUUUUACAAUUUUCUUUCAUCCCCAUGUGUUAGUUUACAAUUUUCUUUCUUUCAUCCCACAUAUGGCUUCAUCCCCAUCUUCUUUCAACCAUGGAUAUGUUUACCAUGUUUUCUUAAGCUUUAGAGGCGAAGAUACGCGCGAAACAUUUACCGGCCAUCUUUACAAUGCUCUUGAUCAAAGGGGAAUCAACACCUUCAUAGAUGAUGAAGGGUUAAGGAUAGGAGAAGAGAUUUCACAAUCACUUCUUAAAGCAAUAGAUGAGUCAAGGAUUUCAAUCAUAAUAUUUUCAAAGAACUAUGCUAAUUCCACUUGGUGCCUUGAUGAACUUGUAAAGAUUCUUGAGUGUAAGAAAGAGAAAGAACAAGUUGUUUGUUCAGUUUUUUAUAACAUUAGUCCAUCAGAUGUGAGGCAUCAGAGAGGAAGUUAUCAAGAAGCAUUUGAUAUGCUUGAAGAAAAAUUUGAAGAUAAUAAAGAGAAGGUGAAGAAAUGGAGGAUGGCUUUGACCGAAGCUGCAAACCUUUCUGGAUGGCAUUUUAGUAAUGGGAAGUAUCUCGGGAAUAUUGUUUAG